UGUAUGUAUGUAUGUAUGUAUGUAUGUAUGUAUGUAUGUUUUAUAUCAUUUUAAUUAUACAUGUUAUUGCUAAAGAGUUCAUAAUAGACCUAAUAACAAUAAUUCUCUCACUAUGCUAUGUAUACAACACUAUUCUAUAAAUAUUUAUCAAGUAUAAAGUUCAUACAAGUACAACGUGGUGCCAGAUAAUAUUUACCAGUUCCCAAGGCAGACGUCUACAAUGUAAUGUUAUUGACUAGCAGUUGAACCGCGCGGAAAUUCCCACACGACACGAACGAUGCGUCAAAGGGCGGUACCAGACACGAAAUCGUGGCAUUGUGAGCCGCCCCUCGCACCAUUUCGCGCGCUUGUUGGAAUUUACUAAAUCCGAGGGUAGCUUUCGGUGCAAAUUGUACUCCUCUGCUCAGUAAGCUUUCAACAUAGCCACGUGCUGCUUUCCGUCUAUCCCAUUAUGUUUGUGCAACCGCAGCUCAUCAAACAAAAAUCGGACAAUUCCGAGGACGGUAGCGACGAAGAGGGUCCUGAAGAUGCUCUCCAGGUCAACUCUUCGCAAGAAUGCUGGCUUGAUAUUUCUGCAUAUUUUAUUGCCACGGAAAAAACGUGACAUUAGUUUACAUAUUAUUAAACCAAUAAAUUAUUUCAAUUGUUUACAACUUUGAUGAUAUACAAUUGACUGACAAAAUGUCAUUGGCCUCUAUUUUAUGUACGAAAAUUAUAUUAUGCUUGCAGAAACGGCGAGAAGAAUGCGAGAGGAAAGCAAGGCGGGGAGAGAUGGACCCACGUUUGGAAUUUGUCUUUCAACUCUUGGUGGACGCGACGCAAUUGUCGCGUCAUGAAGUUAUGGAUCACGUUUUCGAGGGUGAUAUGUUGGAUGAGAUUAACCUACUGUUCGUGCCACAUAUGAGAUCUACCCUUGUUUGGUAUUAUCAGGAGGUUGAAGAGCCGGAACCUCCGACUGAUACGGUGCAGCCAAAGACUGUAACUUCUAGAUCAGCUCCAAACGCAACGACAUCGAAAGUAAAGGAACAAAAAGAACCAAAGGAGCCACCGAAGAAGAAACUUUUUCUAACUGACGGCUGGCAAGUGCCUUGCACCGGCAUUUGUAUUUAUAUGUUUAGAAUCAGCGUGUCUAAACAAUUACCAGAAGAAGGAUUUCAUAAAGAUCUUUAUACGGGUAUAAUAGACACAAUGAAGGUGGGCAUUGUAACUUCUAUUCAGCGGAUUGUAGAGCAAGUAUUCAUGGAUGCGUUAGCGCAUCCUGGCACAGAAGAUGAAUGUUCGAUGAUUAAGAGUCUGCUAUUGCCUGGCUUGAGAUCUUUUUGUAGCGCUCUUAAAGUUUGUGAAAAGGUAGCACUUGAGGGUAGCAUAUUCACCGACGGCGAACCAAUGAUGAUGGAAGUGCAUAACUUUGAAGAAGCGAAGGCUUUCAUAGCGAAAGAAAAUACUGUGGAACAGAUUGAGGAAAGAGUAAAACUUUGGAUAAAGAAACUCAAAGAUUUUAUGGCGGAGAGCAAGCAAGUCAAAAGAGAGAACGAUGAUUCCGGACCGCAACAAGAACUUGAAUAUUGGAAACGACGAGGCGCGCAAUUUAGUCAAUUGGUCAACCGUUUACAGGAUCACGAAGUCACUAUGUCACUCUUGUGUUUGCAAGUCGCUCGUUCAAAGGUAAUUAAAGACUGGGUCGAUGCGGAAAAUGAAGUAACUUACUGUUACAACGAAGCCAAAGAUAAUGCCAAGUUUAUCCAAGCAUUAGAAAAGUGCUGUCAUUGCCUCUAUCUUGACGAUCCUGUAAAAAUGCGAGAUUCGCUCGUAUCAUUACUGCAAACUGUUCGAUUGAUAUACAGUGUCUCUAGAUAUUAUAACACUUCGGAAAGAACUAGCUCUUUAAUGAUUAAAAUCACAAAUCAAAUGAUUGCUGCCUGUCGAGAUUAUAUCACGGAGAGAGGUCGUGAAACGGUUUGGAGCCAAGAUCGUGCAAUUGCCCGAUCGAGACUAAAGCAUUGCCUACGUUUAAACAAGGCCUAUAGAGAGACAUACAGACUAGUUCGAUGUUCACCAGCAGUUACAGAACAAGAGUUCUCUUUCUCAGAAACGCACGUGUUUGGUCGAUUUGAUGCUUUCUGCGCUAGAAUUCGCAAGAUUUUGACAAUGUUUGAUCUCAUACAGGAUUACCAAAUUCUCUUUGAGAGACGAAUGGAAGGUUUGCUCCUCGGAGAAGCAUUAGAUGAGGCUAUGACAACCUUUGACGAAGCUAAGAAGAUUGCAACUAGCAAAUCUUACGAUUAUUUGGAUUCAAGAAAUAUUGACUUUGACACUGAUUAUGAUGAUUUUAUGGCAAAGACGGACGCGUUGAAAGAGGACAUCGGCGAUAUUAUUGAAACGAAUUACGCCGAUGUUUGGGAGACACCGCAUGGUAUACGGUUUUUAAUACGAUUCGAGAAGGUUAGCGAAAAAAUACCGCUUACGAAAUUAGAGGAAAAAUAUAAUAUUGUCGUAAAGUAUUGCGAUAAAGAGAUAGACCGAAUUUUGAAGCUGUUCAAGCGGCAAAGAGAUGAUCCGCCAUUACCAAGACACAUGCCGCCUAUAGCUGGACGUUUGACGUGGGCAAACUCCUUAAAAAUACAUUUGGAUGAACUGAUGACAUCCGUGUCAAAUCAUCCUGUUCUCAAGGCAUUGCCAUUGACUGCCGAUUUGAUAAAAAGAUACAAUCAUGCCAUCAUAAUUCUGAAACAAUAUCAGACUGACAUUGCUGAAAUUUGGACACAUCAAAAUUCCUGGGUUAUCGAGGAUUGUCUAAAACGACCGUUGCUGGUAGUCGACGAAAAAUCGGCGAAAGUAAAGGUCAAUUUGGAAAAUCGAGUCGUUCUUUUGCUACGUGAAGCCGAUUGCUUGGCAAAAAUAAAUUUAGAGAUUCCAAUUGUUGCAUUAACAAUAUUAGCAAAGAGAGAUUAUUUCACGCUAGUCACGGAUUCUCUCCAACUUAUGAUCGAAGAGUUUGUUUGCACCGCCAAGCGCGUAAAAUUGGAAGUUCGACCAUUAUUGUUGCCGCAUCUAGUUUGUGUCGCAUCUUUAUUAGAACCAGGCUUAACUAUCUUAACAUGGACCAAGCCAGACUGGAAAGACUUUUGUCAAAAUACAAAAGAACAGAUCAAAACCUUUGAUAUCCUCAUUACAAGAGUUCAUGACGUAUAUGAUAACAGAAUUUUGCAAGUCUUGGAGAGUAUGCAAAAAGUAACUUUGCAUACUUUGCCUGAGUCCGAUCAACCAUGGACGAUAGAAGAAUUCGUAGAGAAGAACGAAGAAAUAUGUAGAAUGGCAGCAGUAGAUUUGCAUCGUAAGAGCACGAUGGUCGAAGAAGCAGUGGAAGAAGUAUUGCAGCUAGUUAAGAAAGCCAUGGAUAAUUUCAAAAGCACCGCCAAUUACAAACAGUUUGAAUUUCUUACUAGUGAAGCAGCGGAAGAAGAAGAAGCAACGGAACAAACUGUUCAACAGGAUUGGUCCAUCGUGUGGAAUUACUUUGAUGAUCCCCAUCAGUUAUUGACGACACCUGGUACUUUACCUAAAGGCAUGCAAGAAAUGGUUCGAAAUGCGGUAUCUGAGAUGAGACGAUAUUAUUCCAGGAAGGUCGUGGAUGUAUUAAUCAAAGUCAUUAGAGUAUCUCUAGAUGCAAUCAGAAGACGAUUUAUUCGAGAACUUGAUUCAGAGGCAUCGCCGAAUCCAGUAUUUUUAUUACAUGCAACGUUGAUGAUUCCGGCAGUAACUGUUAAGCCAAGUCUGGAUGAUGUUCAGGAAGCAUUGACGUCGGUUGGAAAAAUUAUUACGGGUGUCGCGAAAGGAGUGGCGCAAUGGAAUUCCAGAGGAAGCAAGAACAUGUGGAAAACUCUACCUUACUCAUCUAAAAGAAAUCUGGCUGACGUCGUACUACGGGCGCAAGAUAACGUUGCGAAGCAGAAGCAGGAAGAACCGGAGGAUUCGAAAACCAGAAGACGAAGAUUGUAUAAAAUUAUCUCCGAAGAGAAGCCAAUAUUUCCAAUACAGGAGAGAAAUUUCUACACGAUGGUUAUGGAUAAUAAAGAAAUCAUUAAAUUGCUUGGCAUGUUGAGCACUUGUACAUUGGAAUUGCGGCAGGUACGUUAUAGCAUGAAACGCGACAUUCAUUUAUCAAGAAGAUUGGCUGCCACGUCGAACUUACAGGACUUGACGGAAUUUCUCGAUCGUUGGAAACCUUACAAAUUCCUUUGGAAAAACGAGCGCAAUAUGCGUGAGUUGCUGCAAAUUUCUUUGACAGAAUUCGAAGCUACUCUGCGUAAACACAGUGAACUUGAAGAUCGAUUGGCCACCGAGCCGGAUAUGAUCAUAUUUGGUACAUCAAUCGCUGUAUCAACAGACAAGUUGAAAUAUGGUCUUUAUACAGAGAUUAAAGGUUGCACACAUAAGAUCGGUCAAGCAAUGAAAAAGAAGUAUCGUCGCGAAAUGGAAUACGUUUAUGCGUUGAUAAGCGAGUUGGACCGCAAGUUGGAUCAUCAGAUACGCGAUCUGGAUGACGUACGCCUCAUUAUGGACACCCUGAAGAAGAUUCGCGAACAGGAGGUCGACAUGGAGCUCAAGAUUGAUCCUAUCGAGGAAGCUUUCAACAUAGUCACCAGGUACGAGGUGCCCGUGGAUCAGGAAUGCUUGGAGCAGGUCGACAAUUUGAGAGACACGUGGCAAAACUUGUUGGCGCAGGCGAUAAAGAGUAACAUAUUGCUGUUGAACUUGCAACCGCAAUUCGAAAACGAUCUAAAGAAUAAUCUCGAGAAAUUCCGCACUGAUAAUGAAAUAUGCUGUGAGGAGUACAGAUCAUCCGGACCAAUGCAACCGGAUUUGAGCCCGCGCGAGGCGUCAGACCGGCAAAUAUUGUUCCAGAAUAGGUGCGACGGUAUGUGGCGAAAGCUUCAGACCUACCAAAGCGGUGAAGAACUUUUCGGUUUACCCAUCACGGAUUAUCCGGAACUAUCGCAAAUCAGAAAGGAGCUGAAUUUAUUACAGAAAUUAUACAAGCUGUACAACGACGUCAUCGACAGAGUCAACAGCUAUUAUGAUAUUCCGUGGGGUGAGGUUAACAUUGAAGACAUAAAUAACGAACUGAUGGAGUUCCAAAAUCGCUGUCGCAAAUUACCAAAAGCUUUGAAAGAGUGGCCGGCAUUCUUCGCGCUUAAGAAAACGAUCGACGACUUUAACGACAUGUGUCCGCUCCUCGAACUGAUGGCAAACAAGGCUAUGAAACCGCGCCACUGGCAGAGAAUCAUCGAAGUUACUAGAUACCCGUUUGAGAUUGAGAGUGAAGGUUUCUGUCUUAAAAACAUACUUGAGGCGCCGCUGCUGAAAUACAAAGAAGAUAUCGAAGAUACCUGCAUAUCAGCCGUGAAGGAAAAGGAUAUCGAAGGCAAAUUAAGGACAGUAGUAAGUGAAUGGUCAGCUCACGAAUUGACUUUUAUGACAUUCAACAACAGGGGAGAAUUGUUGCUGAGAGGAGAUACGACAGCGGAGACCAUCAGUCAGCUGGAAGAUAGCUUGAUGCUUGUUGGUUCCCUUAUGUCAAAUCGUUAUAAUGCGCCCUUCAGAAAACAAAUACAACAAUGGUUGUCGGAUUUAACCAAUACAAAUGAGAUUCUCGAAAGAUGGUUGCUUGUACAAAAUAUGUGGGUCUAUCUCGAGGGGGUAUUUGUGGGUGGCGAUAUCGCGAAACAACUACCGAAGGAAGCUAAAAGAUUCAACAAAAUCGACAAAAGCUGGCAAAAGAUUAUGCAACGGGCCCAUGAUACACCCGGGGUUAUACAAUGCUGCGUGGGUGAUGAUUUGCUGAAGCAACUUCUACCACAUUUACAAGAGCAAUUAGAGUUAUGUCAAAAGUCUCUAAGCGGCUAUCUGGAGAAAAAACGUAUGAUGUUUCCGAGAUUUUUCUUCGUUUCUGACCCUGCGCUCUUGGAGAUACUCGGCCAAGCGUCUGAUUCUCACACGAUACAAAAUCACUUGCUCUCUAUCUUUGAUAAUACACGCUACGUCACGUUCCACGAUGUUGAAUAUAAUAAAAUGAUAGCCAUCGUUUCAUCAGAAGGUGAGACUAUACUGCUUGAAAAAGCAGUGAGAGCAGAAGGUUCUGUAGAAAUAUGGUUGAUGCAAUUAUUACAAACGUCGCAGUUUUCAUUGCACACUAUUAUCCGUCAAUGCUAUAGUAUGAUCAACGAUGCAAACUUCAAUCUGCUGAUCUUUCUCGACAAGAUGCCUGCCCAAAUAGGAUUGUUAGGCAUUCAAAUGAUCUGGACACGAGAUGGCGAACUGGCUUUAGCUCAAGCUCGUGCUGAUAAAAAGAUCAUGUUCGAGACGAAUAAUAAAUUUCUUGAUCUUCUAAAUACUCUAAUCGAUCAAACUACAAAAGAUCUUACUAAAAUAGAACGUAGAAAGUUUGAAACAUUGAUUACUAUACACGUGCAUCAACGCGAUAUUUUCGAUAUAUUGUGCCGCCUAAAUGUACGAUCCGUAAAUGACUUCGAGUGGUUGAAGCAAUGCAGAUUUUAUUUUAAGGAAGAUUUGGACAAGACUUCCAUUUGUAUCACGGAUGUUCAAUUUAUCUAUCAAAAUGAAUAUCUAGGAUGUACCGAGCGAUUGGUUAUCACGCCAUUAACCGAUAGAUGCUACAUAACUUUAGCACAAGCCUUGUCGAUGUCAAUGGGAGGAUCUCCUUGUGGCCCCGCAGGAACUGGAAAAACUGAGACCGUAAAGGAUAUGGGGAAAACUUUAGCAAAGUAUGUCGUAGUUUUUAAUUGUUCCGAUCAAAUGGAUUAUCGAGGAUUAGGUCGCAUUUACAAAGGAUUAGCACAAAGUGGUUCGUGGGGUUGUUUCGAUGAGUUCAACAGAAUUGAAUUGCCAGUUCUAUCCGUUGCCGCGCAGCAAGUUGCUGUGGUACUUUCAGCAAAGAAAGAGAAGAAGAAACAGUUUACCUUCACGGAUGGAGAUCAAAUCGACAUGUGUCCGGAACUCGGGAUAUUUAUUACUAUGAAUCCUGGCUAUGCUGGGCGGAAAGAAUUGCCAGAAAAUUUGAAGAUACAGUUUCGCACAGUUGCCAUGAUGGUACCUGAUCGGCAGAUUAUCAUACGCGUAAAAUUAGCCAGUUGCGGAUUUUUGGAGAAUAUUACUCUUGCUCGUAAAUUUUAUACACUUUACAAAUUGUGCGAGGAGCAAUUAACCAAACAGGUUCACUAUGAUUUCGGUCUGCGAAAUAUAUUAUCCGUCUUAAGAACUUUAGGAGCGGCUAAGCGAGUUAAUUCGAAAGACUCGGAGAGCACGAUUGUCAUGCGAGUUUUAAGAGACAUGAAUCUUUCGAAACUCAUAGAUGAGGACGAACCACUUUUCAUAUCUCUCGUAGCUGAUUUGUUCCCCAAUCAAGCCCUGGAGAAAACAUCGUACCCCGAAUUAGAAACAGCGAUUAACGAACAAGUGGAGCAAGCUGGAUUGGUUUAUCAUUCGCCGUGGGUGCUAAAAUUAAUACAGCUUUACGAGACGCAAAGAGUAAGGCAUGGUAUCAUGACAUUAGGUCCGACCGGUGCUGGCAAGACUACUUGUAUACAUAUUCUGAUGAAAGCGUUGACACAAUGUGGCGACUCCCAUAGGGAAAUGAGGAUGAAUCCUAAAAGCAUAACAGCCGCUCAAAUGUUCGGCCGUUUAGAAGUAGCCACCAACGAUUGGACGGAUGGCAUUUUCUCAGCUUUAUGGCGCAAAACGCUGAAAUUGAAGACAGACGAACAUGUAUGGCUAGUGCUCGAUGGUCCCGUUGAUAGCAUUUGGAUAGAGAAUUUAAAUUCCGUACUAGAUGAUAAUAAAACUUUAACUUUGGCUAAUGGCGAUAGAUUAUCAAUGGCACCAACAUGUAAAAUUAUUUUCGAGCCACACAAUAUUGACAAUGCAAGUCCUGCAACUGUUUCGCGGAACGGUAUGGUGUAUAUGAGCUCUUCAGGAUUAGAUUGGAAUCCGGUUGUUACCGCUUGGUUAAAAUCACGAUCAUCUCUGGAGCAGGAAGUUCUCGAACAAUUAUUCGCAGAUUCUUUCGUACAGGUUUAUUCAUGGAGUACACAGACCUUGACACUCGCUAUCGACGUCUUACAAGCUAAUAUAGUGAGACAAGUGCUUUGUCUGCUGGAAGGCUUGAUACCUGCUGAGACAACAGUAGAAGAAACCGAGGAUGAAGAUGCAGAACAAGACAAACCUCAACCCCUAACGGCAGAAUAUCUAAAACGUCUUUAUGUGUUCGCGUUAGUAUGGAGCAUAGGAGCGUUACUGGAAACCGACGAUAGACAAAAGUACGAUAGAUAUCUUCGAGAAAAGUUUGCUACCUUGGAUCUUCCAACUUCUGACAGUUAUUUAGAUGCCACGGUAUUCGAUUUCUUCGUUACUAAUAAAGGCGUGUGGGACACGUGGACAAGUAUGGUAACUAAUUAUGUCUACCCUGAAUCUUCGACGCCCGAUUAUUGCAAUGUUGUGAUACCCAUACCGGAUAAUGUGAGGAUUCAAUAUCUAAUCGAUCUGAUUGGUCGUCAAGAUAAAGCUGUACUGCUUGUAGGCGAGCAGGGAUCUGCCAAAACUGUCAUGAUGAAAUCGUACAUGAAAAAGGCGAAUCCAGACACGACCUUAAAUCGUUGCUUCAAUUUCAGUUCAGCAACCAGUGCAUAUCAGUUUCAAAAAACCAUCGAAAGUUACGUAGAAAAGCGUCUGGGAAAUACAUUCGGACCACCAGGCGGCAAAAAGAUGCUGAUCUUUGUCGACGAUGUAAACUUGCCGGAAAUCAAUGAAUGGGGCGAUCAAGUGACGAAUGAGAUCGUCCGACAGACGAUGGACAUGAAAGGAUUUUAUUCUCUGGAGAAACCAGGUGAUUUUACUGCAAUUGUGGAUGUAACUUUCUUGGCGGCCAUGUGUCAACCCGGUGGUGGAAGAAACGAUAUUCCUUCGCGACUCAAGAGACAGUUUUGUAUCUUUAAUUGCACGUUACCUGACAAUGCAUCAAUCGAUCGUAUUUUUAGCGUUUUGGGCGAAGGACAUUACAAUGUUAAAAGAGGAUUCUCACAAGAGGUGCGUCAGCUCGUUAAAAAAAUGAUUCCCUUGACCAGAAAUCUUUGGGAAAGGACACGGAUGAAGCUGUUGCCAACACCCGCGAAGUUUCACUAUGUCUUCAAUCUGCGAGAUCUCUCAAGAAUCUGGCAAGGCAUGGUCGGUACAUUAUCAACGGUCAUUGACAAGGAAAGCAUAUUGAUGCUGCUUUGGAAACACGAAUGCACACGAGUGUUCAGCGACAGAUUUACAAUACAAAGUGACAAAGAUUGGUUUGACGAAGAACUAAUUCGCGUGGUAGCCGAUGUAUUAGGAGAAAAUUACGUAGACAUGCUAGAUCAAGAUCCUGGCUUUGUCGAUUUUAUGAGAGAUGCUCCAGAACCAACUGGUGAGGAAGGUGAAGGUGACGCAGACGCGGAACUUCCGAAGGUGUACGAACCUGUUUUUGACGAUCAAGUGCUGCGAGAGAGAUUAGACAUGUUCCUGGCACAAUACAACGAAAUGCAGAGAGGUGCUGGAAUGGAUCUAGUAUUUUUCCCCGACGCCAUGCUGCAUAUAGUAAAGAUAUCUAGAGUAAUUAGACAUCCAAAAGGCAACGUAAUGCUAGUAGGUGUCGGCGGUUCUGGCAAACAAAGUCUUACGAAGCUAUCUUCUUUCAUCGCCGGAUACAAGACAUUUCAGAUUACUUUAACUAGAUCUUAUAACGUAACCAAUUUCUUAGAAGAUCUCAAAUUUCUGUAUCGCACAUGCGGUGCACAAGGCAAAAGUACAGCGUUCAUCUUUACGGAUCUUGAUAUCAAAGAAGAGUGUUUCCUCGAAUAUCUCAACAAUAUUCUGAGUUCCGGAGUUAUCAGCAACUUAUUCACGCGUGAUGAGCAAGCGGAAAUCAUCUCAGAGUUAUCGCCUAUGUUGAAACGCCUAUGUGAAAAUCCUAAGAAAACUGUCGGUAAUGAAUUGGUGAUGGAUUUCUUUUUGCAAAGAACUUGCCAGAAUUUGCACGUAGUUUUCUGCUUCUCACCUGUAGGUGAAAAAUUUCGAAAUCGCGCUCAACGUUUCCCGGCACUCAUAUCAGGUUGUACCAUAGACUGGUUUCAACCGUGGCCUAAAGAUGCUCUAGUUCUAGUUGCCAAGCAUUUCCUUCAUGACUUUGAGAUUGCUUGUACUAGUGACGUAAAAGACGAACUUGUGAACGCAUUGGGUUCCAUACAGGACAUCGUUUCGGGAACUUCGGUCGAAUACUUCCAAAGAUUUCGGCGCGCCACUCAUGUGACUCCAAAAUCUUAUCUGAACUUUAUCGGUGGAUAUAAGAAUAUUUAUCGCUCCAAGCAACAUGAGCUUAGUGAGGCAGCUAAAAGAAUGGACACAGGUUUAGCAAAACUUGAAGAGGCGUCGAUAUCAGUAGAGAUCUUGAAAAGAGAUUUAGCUGUAAUGGAACAGGAGUUAGCUCAAGCUUCCGCGAAAGCUGAGACAGUACUUUUAGAAGUAACGAAGAAAGCCAUGCAGGCGGAAGCUUUUAAAAAUCAAGUACAACGAGUAAAGGAGAAAGCGGAACAACUGGUAGCCUGCAUAGCCGACGAAAAAGCGCUGGCCGAACAAAAAUUGGAAGCUGCAAAACCAGCGUUGGAAGAAGCAGAAGCUGCUCUGAAUACAAUCAAACCUGCUCACAUUGCAACAGUGAGAAAGCUUGGUAGACCACCACAUCUAAUAAUGAGAAUCAUGGAUUGCGUCUUGAUUCUCUUUCAACGGAAAAUCGGACCUGUUGUACCCGAUACUGCUGCACCAUGUCCGAAACCUUCAUGGGCGGAAUCACUGAAAUUAAUGGCUAGCACGACAUUUUUGUUACAAUUACAAAAUUAUCCAAAAGAUAUAAUUAAUAACGAGAUGAUCGAAUUACUGCAACCAUAUUUCAAGAUGGAGGAUUACAAUAUGGAAACAGCCAGACGCGUUUGCGGCGACGUAGCUGGUUUAUUGUCAUGGACCAAGGCUAUGGCGUUCUUCCAUUCCGUUAACAAAGAGGUUCUUCCUUUGAAGGCUAAUUUAGCGUUACAAGAAGCAAGACUGAAGCUUGCUAUGGAGGAUCUGGCAAAUGCUGAACGAGAAUUAUCCGAGAGAGAAAUGGCUCUACAGAAAGUCAAAGAGCAGUAUGACAGCGCGGUAGCGGAGAAGCAACGAUUGACGGAAGCUGCGAACGUGUGUCUGAGAAAAAUGACAGCUGCUACUGCUCUGAUAAAUGGAUUGGGCGGGGAAAAGAUUCGUUGGACCGAACAGAGCAAAGAAUUCAAAAUGCAACUAGGACGAUUAGUUGGAGAUGUUCAAUUAGCAACAGGAUUCUUAUCAUAUUGUGGGCCUUAUAAUCAGCAAUAUCGAGCCAGUUUGGUAACUGGAUGGAUGAAUAUUUUGAUGACCAGAUCGAUUCCUUUUACUAAAAAUUUAAAUAUAACGACCAUGCUCGUCGAUAGUGCAACAACGUCGGAAUGGACGCUUCAGGGAUUGCCAAAUGACGAGUUAUCUGUGCAGAAUGCGCUUAUCGUUACCAAAUCUUCGUCCUACCCUCUUCUUGUAGAUCCUCAGAAUCAAGGAAAGAUGUGGAUCAAAAAUAAAGAAUGCACAAACGAGUUGCAGAUCACUUCGUUAAAUCAUAAGUACUUUCGGACUCAUCUUGAGGACAGUCUUUCGUUAGGUAGACCACUGCUGAUUGAAGAUGUUGCAGAGGAACUUGAUCCGGUACUCGAUAACGUACUCGAAAAGAACUUCAUUAAAUCAGGAUCCAUUGAGAAGGUCAUUGUUGGAGAUAAGGAGUGCGACGUAAUGCCAGGAUUUAUGUUAUACAUUACUACUAAACUACCUAAUCCAGCAUACAGCCCAGAAAUAUCUGCAAAAACCUCAAUCAUCGAUUUUACCGUGACAAUGCUAGGAUUAGAGGAUCAGCUGUUGGGCCGGGUGAUACUUAUGGAAAAAGCCGACUUAGAAGCGGAACGAGUUGCUCUAUUUGAAUCAGUCAUGACCAACCAGCGUUCAAUGAAGGAACUUGAAAGUACGUUAUUACACAGACUCACAUCUUCGGAAGGUUCUUUGGUGGAUGACGAAGCUCUGAUAACCGUUCUCCGAGAAACGAAGACCACGGCUGAAUCGGUGAAUGAAAAAUUGCAAGUGUCUGCUCUGACAGAGAAGAAAAUCACUUUGGCACGCGAAGAAUUUCGUGCAGUCGCAUCAAGAGGAUCUAUUCUGUACUUUUUGAUCGUUGAAAUGAGCAAUGUGAAUGUAAUGUAUCAGAACUCGUUGAGACAAUUCUUAACAAUCUUUGACAACUCAAUCACAAAAUCUGUAAAGAGUCCUAUUACGUCCGAACGGAUAAACAUAAUUUUGCGCUAUCUUACCUAUGAAGUUUGGGCGUUUACUCUGAGAAGUCUUUACGAAAGACAUAAAUCCUUAUUCACGCUGAUGUUAGCCAUGAAGAUAGAUUGUCAUAGAGGUGCCAUUUCUCACGCGGAAUUCAACGCUUUUAUUAAAGGCGGAGCAUCUUUAGACCUUAACGCGGUAACGCCCAAACCGUUCAAGUGGAUACUCGAUAUCACCUGGUUGAAUUUAGUCGAAAUAAGCAGCUUGGAAGUAUUCUCGGAUAUCUUGACUAAAAUAGAAUUCAGCGAGAAAGAAUGGAAGAUGUGGUACGAAAAAGAGAAGCCAGAGGAAGAAGAAUUGCCUUGUGACUAUCAAAAGAGUCUCGACGUAUUCCGAAAAUUAUUGCUCAUUAGAUCGUGGAGUCCUGAUAGAACUGUAUCUCAAGCGAGAAAUUAUAUCACUGAGUCAUUGGGUAAAGAAUACGGUGAAGCUAAAAUACUGGAUUUAGAAGCUACAUGGCUAGAAUCUGAACCUAGAACACCAUUCAUUUGCUUAUUAUCUAUAGGAUCUGAUCCGAGUCCUCAGAUUACGGCAUUAGCCAAACAAAAAGCGAUUCCGUUAAAUUCAGUAUCUAUGGGUCAGGGCCAAGAGCUUCACGCUCGAAGAAUGAUCAACGAAGCUAUGAGUACGGGUGGUUGGGUUCUCUUGCAAAAUAUACAUUUGUCGUUGCCUUUCUGUACAGAAAUAAUGGAUGCUCUUGUCGAGACAGAAACCGUUCAUGAAAUAUUCAGACUCUGGAUGACAACUGAAGUACAUUCUCAGUUUCCCAUCGGAUUGCUACAGAUGGCAAUCAAAUUCACGAAUGAACCACCACAAGGCAUAAGAGCCAGUUUAAAGAGAACUUAUCAAGCAGUAACACAAGACAUGUUGGAUUACAGUACACAAUCGCAAUGGCCACCCUUGCUAUACGCUGUUGCAUUUCUACAUACUGUAGUACAGGAGAGGAGAAAAUUUGGACCGCUUGGCUGGAAUGUACCUUAUGAAUUUAAUCAAGCAGAUUUCGCAGCAUCGGUGCAAUUUAUACAAAACCAUUUAGACGAUAUGGAUCCGAAGAAGGGCAUUUCUUGGCCGACUGUUUGCUACAUGCUUGGAGAGGUUCAAUACGGUGGUAGGGUUACGGAUGAUUUCGACAAACGUUUAUUAACAACUUUCACACAUGUCUGGUUCUGCGACGUACUAUUACGACCAGGGUUUGAAUUUUAUCAAGGAUACAGAGUGCCACAAACAAGAAAUCUUCAGGGAUACGUAGAUUAUAUUGACGGUUUAGAAGCUACCGACACCCCGGAAGUCUUUGGAUUACAUCCAAACGCCGACAUUACUUAUCAGAUCAACACGGCGAAAGGAAUACUUGAUACGAUUCUCAAUGUACAGCCAAAAGAGGGUGGCGCACAGGGUGGCGAAACUAGAGAGACCGUUGUAUAUAAAUUAGCGAAUGAUAUGCUGUCUAAAUUACCCAAACAAUACAUUUCUUUCGAAGUGAAGGAAGCACUUCAAAGAAUGGGACCGUUACUGCCGAUGAACAUAUUUUUAAGGCAAGAAAUAGACCGUAUUUCGAGGGUUAUUAAAGAAGUACGAAGCACUCUAACGGAUUUGAAACUAGCUAUCGACGGUACUAUUGUGAUGAGCCAAGGUUUACGAAAAUCGUUAGAUGCAAUGUACGACGCACGCGUACCAGAAAAAUGGUUGAAAAUAUCGUGGGAGUCAGCGACUUUGGGCUUUUGGUACACAGAGCUUUUGGAAAGGGACUAUCAGUUCAGACAGUGGUGCGCUCAUGACCGUCCGAAAGUAUUUUGGAUGACUGGAUUUUUUAAUCCACAGGGAUUUUUAACAGCAAUGAGACAGGAAGUGACUAGAGCGCACAAGGGUUGGGCUUUAGAUUCCGUGGUCUUGCAAAAUGUAACCACACGCUUUAAUAAAGAGGACAUUAAAAGUCAACCACAAGAAGGAGUUUAUGUUCAUGGUUUGUUUCUGGAAGGUGCAUCGCUCGAUCGGAAAGCGGGGAAACUCGUUGAGAGUAGGCCGAAAGUUCUCUAUGAACAAAUGCCGGUUAUUUAUAUUUUCGCAAUAAAUACCACCGCCGGCAAAGAUCCGAAAUUAUACGAAUGUCCUAUAUAUAGAAAACCUCAGAGAACGGAUGCGAAAUAUAUAGGCUCAAUUGAUUUCGAAACAGAUUAUAAUCCCCGACACUGGACUCUCCGAGGUGUAGCUUUAUUAUGUGAUAUUAAAUAAAUAAUUAAAUAACAAGUGAUAAUCAAAGAUUACUCAUAUUAGAUUUAGCAACAAGUUUUCCAAGUUUGCUCCUUUUUCGAAGAAAACAAUAAACAUAAUGUAGAAUUAUGAAUGUCGGAGCGAUUGAUCUACUGUUAGAUGAGAUCACGAGUAAAAGAUUGAAAGAGAGAGAAAGAGUGAGUGCCGAAACGAUUGAUCUAAUUGUGUGAAGCGGUGGGUGACUUAUUUAUGAUUGGUUUGUGAUUUUAGCAGCAUCGUGUAAAAAGUUAAACAUUAUGUAAGAAGCAUCAUAUAAAGAGCUAAGCUGGCAAACGCAAUGUAUGAAAGCGAAUGUAAUACAUGAAAAUGAAUGCGGUGUAUGAAAGUAAAUGCGACGUGUGACAAAAGAAAACGAGAUGUGCAAUUUUUGAGAAUAGUAAGGAUACAUCUUUAAAAGAACGAACUUUUGAGAAUAAGUGAUAUGUCCUGAAAAUUUAUCAACUUUUUUUUUAGUUAAUAAGUAUUAAUAAAUAAAAACUACGUACAAUAUUCU